CCGGUACGCAGGAAGCGCCGCGUCCCGCACGGCUGGCCUUCCUCCUCGCCUGGCCUGCAACGUCGGUUCCCGGAACGACCCGCAGCAAAACAUCCCGCGGUGGAUAAAUAAUUACAGAGCGCGUCGAGGCUUUACCUCUCAGUACAGCACAGUGAGAAGCGCGCGUCUGAAUGCUGAGCGCGGCCUGAGGCACGAGCUGAGCUACUCGCGGUUCGGCCAGCCACCCGCUUGGCUGCUGUUUCAGGACCCGGACAAAGCAAGCAUGUUCCAUCUCAUACAGCGGUGCUGCUCCCGCACGCCUCUCCAACUGCAGAAGCUAACUGGUCCCAGACUACUCCUGCAUGGAAAGAAUAAGACAAGGUGCUCCUCUCCCUGUCUCUCCCUGCAGAGAAAUGUUUGUCUUCUCUCAAGACCUCUGAGCCUCAGCAGACUAUCAGUGUGUGCAGUCAAACUCCAGGCUUUUCACACGUCUUUCCCACUCUUAAAGAAAAAGCCUCCCCAAGAACCUCCUCGAGAGCCAGGCCUGUUGCGACAGAGUAUGAAAUCACUGAAGGAUUCUCCAAAGCCAGCCCUUUACUUAAGCCUUGCAGGGCUAAUUCCACUUGUUUCUAUGCCGCUAUUAAUGGUUUUCCAAAGGACCUACCACCCAGAGCUGGCAUUUGUUCAGGUUACGUAUGGUGCUGUCAUCGUCUCUUUCAUAGGGGGAAUGAGGUGGGGAUUUGCUGUCCCAGAAAACAGCCCAGCCAAGCCAGACUGGCUGAACCUGGCCAACAGCACCGUUCUUCCUCUGCUCGCCUGGCAAGCCUUGCUUUUUAAAGAUAUCGCUAGCAGUGCAGUAAUGAUUGUGCUGAGCUUAGGGAUAGCAUUACACUAUGACCUUACCCUUCUUCCUACCUAUCCUCUUUGGUUUAAAGGACUGAGGAUAGUGGUAACAGUGGUGGCAGUAUUAUCACUGUUAGCUACUUUAGCUGUGAAGAUGGUUUCUGAUCAUGAGCUAAUUAUCAGCAGACCUGAAAAGCAGAACACAAAACAAUAAAGCAAGGGGAAAAAGCUGUUUAUUUGUUAAUAAUGUAUUUGCAUUGAGGUCAUAUGGAAAUAAAGACUUAUUUGUGCUCAGAAGUCAUAAGAGGGCAUUGAUCAAGACACUUAUUCUUGGAGCAAGUAAGUUCAACUUUAGAAGGGAAGCACUCUAAAUACUGAUUGUGUCCAAGGCAGGCCAGAAUCUGCCAUUAUCUGUAGAACAAAGCAUUGUUCCUGAGUGAGAUUAGAUGAAUUUAAAGCGGAGAUUCACGUGUCAUGGGUAUGAAUUGCUCUGUUCUGAAUUAUCGAAGUAUCUGGUUUGACUAUAAUGUGAUAACAUUCUGUGGGAGGGAGAACAAUGAUGUAGUGGUGUGUGCUCUAAAUGAUGUCAAGGUGAAAGCAGUAAGUUUAUCACUGAAAGAAAUAGAGAAUUGUGCAAAAGUACGUACACCUUCAGUUCCUGUUUUGUGGAAGUGUGAAAAAAACCACCAAGAACUCAACCUUAUUUCAAAUUGAGGAGAUGUCCAGAGCUUAAUCACAUAGAACUUAAAGUGGAAAGAAAGGGUAGGUGAGG